UGAGCCCCACCAACAUCAGUCACUAUAACCUGCCACCAGGCAGCAGCAGCAUGAGCCGCUCCAACAGCAUCCCCGCCCAGGACUCCUUUGACCUAUAUGGAGAGGGUCACCCACUGGGUGGCAGCGCAACCUCUCUGGAGGAACGACCACGUGCCAUCAGCCGCUCUGGGUCUUUCAGAGACAGCACUGAUGAAGUCCAUGGCUCCUCACUGUCUUUGGUUUCCAGCACGUCAUCACUGUAUUCUGCGACAGAGGAAAAAGCUCACUCAGAGGGCCAAACAGUCCAAAAUUCCACGCAAAUCAGAAAGCUGCGUCGGGAGCUGGACGCCUCUCAGGAGAAGGUGGCGACUCUGACAUCUCAGCUGGCUGCCAACGCUCACCUGGUGGCGGCCUUUGAGAAGAGUCUGAGUAACAUGACCUGCCGCCUGCAGAGCCUCACCAUGACCGCCGAGCAAAAGGAGUCCGAGUUGGCAGAGUUGAGGGAGACGAUAGAAAUGCUGAAGACCCAGAACACAGACGCCCAAACAGCUAUCCAGGUGGCACUCAAUGGCCCAAACCACCUUGACAAAGAUCUGAGGAUUAGACGGCAGCACUCUUCAGAAAGUAUGUCCAGUAUUAACAGCGCAGCCAGUCAUUCCAGUAUGGGCAGCUUGGGCAAGGAUGCCGAAGACAAAAAGAAGAAGAAGAAGAGCUGGGUGGCUGAUUCCCUCCCGGCUCAGUUACGGAGCUCCUUCAAGCAGGCGUUCAGCAAGAAGAAAACCAAAUCGCAGUCAGCCCACGAUGAGAUGGAGGAGAUGACCGACUCUCUGCCAUCAUCACCCAAACUGCAGCACGACAACAGGCAAAGCAGUAUCGCCACACUGCGCUCUUCACCCUCCACCACAGAGCUAUGUGAAUGCACCGAGGCUGAGGCAGAAAUCAUCCUCCAGCUGAAGAAUGAGCUGAGGGAGAAGGAGCUCAAGUUGACGGACAUCCGCCUGGAGGCACUUAGCUCUGCCCAUCACCUAGACCAGAUCCGAGAGGCCAUGAACCGCAUGCAGAAUGAGAUUGAGAUGCUGAAAGCAGAAAAUGAUCGUCUGAAGUCCAGCGGUAACGCAACACCGACAGCCACACCCGUGAAGACAGCCCGGCCGCCCUCUGAGACCUCUAGCACCUCCUCAUCCUCCUCACGUCAGUCCUUGGGGCUGUCCCUCAAUAACCUCAACAUCACAGACACCAUCAUGUCAGAUAUUCUCCUCGAUGACAGCUAUGAGGGCAACCAACGCAAAGAGGGCCGCAGUGUGCGAAUAGUGGUUACUAUCAGCAGUGGGCCAAAUAUCACCAAGGGUACACAAAGCCAGGAGUACCUGAUUGGGUCUAUAGGUGUGAGUGGGAAAACCAAGUGGGAUGUCCUGGAUGGGGUUAUCCGACGCCUCUUUAAAGAGUAUGUGUUCCGCGUGGAUCCUCUGACCAGCCUGGGUCUCAGCUCAGACAGUAUUGUCUGCUACAGGAUGGGUGAGGUGAUUCGCUCCCACGCCUCUGAAGUGCCUGAGCUGCUGCCCUGCGGCUACCUGGUGGGUGACAACAACAUCAUCAAGGUCAACCUUAAAGGUGUUAAGGAGAACAGCAUAGACAGCCUCGUGUUUGACACUCUCAUCCCGAAGCCCAUCAUCCAGCGAUAUCUCAACCUGUUGAUGGAGCACCGUCGGAUCAUCCUCUCAGGACCCAGUGGCACCGGUAAAUCCUUUCUGGCUGCCAAACUGGCUGAGUACAUCAUUUCCGACAUGGGGCAGGAAGUGACGGAGCACAAUGUGGCCAGCUUCAAUGUCGACCAGAAUUCCAGCAAGGACCUACGUCAGUACCUAUCAACCCUGGCUGAGCAGUGUAACUCUGAGGAGACAGACACAGAGCUCCCCACUGUGGUCAUCCUGGACAACCUCCACCAUAUCGGCUCCCUCAGCGACAUUUUCAAUGGCUUUCUCAACUGCAAGUAUCACAAAUGCCCUUACGUUAUCGGGACCAUGAAUCAGGGGGUGUCUUCGUCUCCUAACCUCGAGCUGCAUCACAACUUCAGGUGGGUGCUGUGCACCAACCACACUGAACCAGUCAAAGGUUUCCUGGGGCGCUUCCUACGGCGGAAGCUGAUUGAGACAGAGAUUGAUAAGAACAUGCGCAGCAAUGACCUGAUUAAGAUUAUUGACUGGAUCCCCAAAACCUGGCAGCACCUCAACAGCUUCCUGGAGGCACACAGCUCCUCCGAUGUUACCAUAGGCCCUCGUCUGUUCCUGUCCUGUCCCAUGGAUGUAGAGGGUUCUCGGGUUUGGUUCACUGACCUGUGGAACUACUCCCUGGUGCCCUACCUGCUGGAGGCUGUCAGGGAAGGACUGCAGCUGUACGGCAAAAGAACUGCAUGGGAAGAUCCAUCCAAGUGGGUGAAUGACACAUAUCCAUGGAACGCUGCCUCACUGCAGCAGGACGGGCAGUCGCUGCUCCAGCUGAGGCCGGAGGACGUGGGAUAUGAUGGAUACAGCUCAUCCAAGGAGGGCGCCUCAUCCAAGCAAGUGUCUCAGAGUGACACUGAGGGAGACCCACUGAUGAACAUGCUGCUACGGCUGCAGGAGGCAGCGAACUACUCCAGCACGCAGAGCUGUGACAGUGACAGCACCAGUCACCAUGACGACCAGCUAGACUCUUCACUGGAGUCAGCACUAUGAGAGCAAGAAAUACUGAUCCCCUAACCCGCACCCCCUUGGACCUGCCAGAACCUGGGAACUAUCAAACCCCCUUCACUACCGGACGCCCCUAUAGUUAGCAAAUGAUAUAUGAAAAGUUUUAUUAUCCAAAAUGAUUUACCCAACAUUUGAGAGAGAAAAAAGCCUAUUUUUACACAGCGAUGGUGCAAUAUUAAAUCAGAUUAUUUUAUGUCUUAAAGAUGUGUCUUCAACUUGGUCCCCGGUGAUCAAAAAGGUAAACGACAAUAUGCAUAAGAUCGAAUCUAUUUUACUGACAUCGGAUAGUGUUCGCCAGUCAUUUUUAAUGGAUGUGUAACAUUUGAAGAAUACAACUUUUCAUAUAUAUUAUAGGUGUGGGUGUGUCUGAUAAGGACCAUCACACUUUGUUCACACUUUUCAUUUUGGGUGUGAGAAAAUGAAAGAAGUUCACCGUGAUCAAACUGGAUUUUUUGUUACCUAGUUAUAUUUUCAGGUGUUUACAUUUAGUUUUGUCGUGUAUGUCUUUCCUUGUUUACAGAGGUGCUUCUCACAGACACACACUCAUAUGAAUGCACUUGCACACAGGCAGCAGGAGGAGACUCUGUUAAUGAAAGCUUUUAUAAGUUCAGGCCAUCAUUUAAUCUACAGUCCAGCCUGCCACAGUGUCCUUGAGCAAAGCACCAUAUCUCCACUACUUCUGACUACCCUGAUCUCUUACACUAUCUUUCAGGUGAUGUAAUGCUCUCUAGUGGCCACAGGCUGUUUUACAUCCAGUGUUUUUACACACAAAUCAUCAGGUUUCAGUAAAAGUUAUUUAUGGUCAACUAAACCUGCUCCUUACUGGGUUUGGAGUAGAUUUUGUUCACCACUGUACCACUUUUAAAAAAUAUCCUUACUUUUUGUGAACAUGACGAGGGUGUAGCUAAUAUUGGAACAUACUGACACAAUCUGCUGCCUCUGUCUAGUUUAGCCUUGUGGUGCUGGUCUCCUGCCCUGAACGUUGUCGGCAUCAGGCACUGCCAAGCCGCUCCUCGCCCCCCCUCCAUGCCGACAACAAGCACAACGAAAGCGCAUGGUCUGUGUGUGUGUGUGUGUGUGUGUGUGUGUGUGUGUGUGUGUGUGUGUUUGUGUGUCUUACAGUCUCACUGCUACUGUGAAGAAAAAAAUUGAAAAGUGCCAACGUUUCGUUUCAAUUUGACUGCCAAAUGUAAACACAAUGCAGAGCCGAACAUGGUUGUAGACUUAGAUUACGCUGUUCUUGGCCUGCUGUCAAUGUUUAGCUGAAAUGUACCGUGAUGAGAGCAGACAGCGCCCUCCGUGGAUUGUAACAGGAGUAACCAGGUAUUUUUGGUAAUCUGCACAGGGUUUGGUGCAACGUAGACUGACCCUGAGUUCAGUAAUACCUAACAGAGUAGCAUGGUAUUCUGCGGCCCUCAUUAGAAAUUCUUUUUUGACAUGUGCUUCGGUUUCUACCCGUGAGGUACCCGAAAAGAAUCCAAAUUGUCGCAUCCAUAUACAAGUUAACCAGAUCAGUCAAAGAGCUGAACAGGGGAACAAUGAUAUUGGUGCUUUCUCCACUGCCUUAAAUGUUCAAGUUUUUUUCAAGCAUCUUCUGGUGAGAAGACGAGAUAGUAUUGAUAUGCUUCCUGCUAUGUCAAAGAUGCUGCUUGCAGUGGGACAAACAGCCACUUUUGUUUGUUUUCCCUCUAAAGCACCCUUUCUUCUUUCUGACAGUUAGAUUAUAAAAGAGUGGAUAGUGUAUUUGAAUUUGACCAAUAUUGUAUGAACAUUUAAAAAAGUAUAUAAAAUAGAGGGCUUGGGGUAUUUUUUUAAGUUGUUGUUUUGUGCCCAGUUGAGCUGGGCUCACUUGAACUGAUAGGAGCACAACCAAACUGUUUCAGGUGUUCUUGCCUGAUGAGCAUGUCUUGAACCUUUUUAAAGGGGAUGCAUUAUGAGGAGAACUUUACCUUUAUGUAUGCGUGUAUCGGACGGAAGCCAUUUAGAUUUUUGAUUGUCCUCUCUUUGUUUAUCAAGUGGGUUGGUUUUGCACACUUUGAGGUUGGGUUGGGUUGUAAAUACUUAAGUCUUGCACAGUGAAUCAAAGAUGCAUUCUGCCCUGUUGAUGUUCCAAUAUGCUUAACCCGCCGAAUAAAUUAUUGUACUUUGAAAACAGAGAGAAAAAAAAGAAAUGCAAAAUUCAACACGCUGUCAGAAACAGGUGUGUGUCUUGUGGUGAUUGGAUGUUGUGCCUAUGCAGGAGGCAUACAGUGUACAGUAAGAAACUGCUUUUUUUUAACUCACUGGAAUCACAAAAGGAGAAGAAAAAAAAAUAGGCACUUACUCCAGUGUUCCUCAUCCUGCCAUGAUAUUCUCUGGAUCUUAGGAAUCCCAGUUGUUCAUUAGAAACACUUCCCCUCUGGACAUUUUAACUGAAGCUUACCGCCACGUUAGGCUUGCUAGCUGGCCGAGGCACCGAAGCUGAUCUGACACCGUACUGUAAACAUUUACCAACAACCAACAGGUGCUACUGGUCAGAGCCCACCAGAGACCAAGAAGUCAUGUUGUCACAACCUCAGGACAAUUCUAUCCUCUACAAUCCUACCUGUGUUCAGCUUCACGCGUGUCUCCGCAGCCAAGUUGUUGAUGGUCCGCACAUUCUUUUGGCAAAGGGGUGUAGUUGCAUGCUAAAGGGGUGGUUGCUCCUUACCUAGACUUACACCCGCAUAUCAAACCUAUCUACACUCCUGUUAACAGUGUACACCAUGGUGACAUUUCCCCACUUUAACACUUUGCAGUUACAUCUCAGUUGAAAACCAUAGCAUUUACUCUGGUUUGAGAGAACGUUUUCUUCUUGUUGGGUGAAACAUUUGUCCUUAAAUGUUUUAUAUUUUGUACAUUUGUAUGUAACAUAUCAUGUAAAUAGACAGAGACAGUGAUUUACCUCAUCUGGAGGAUUUUGUAGUCUUUGUAAAGCCCUAAUAAAUGGUAUUUGGUGUCACACAGGCAAAAA